CGGGGACACAUCUUGUCUUUCUCCGUCAUCUUUCCUUCUCGUUAACGUCUACGGCGCCCGUAAUUCCUCACGCCUCGGAGAAAUGGAGUUCUGUUCUGCUACCCCGAGCUACUUAGCAGCUCUUGUCUUCAGCCAUUUCGUUUGGAACUACGUAUCAUGACCCAAUCUGCUGCUGUGAACAGAGUUAUCAAUGACUCAAUCGAGAAACUCGUUAUCAAUACCAUACGAUGCCUAGGUGCGGACUUGACACAGGAGCACACAGGCGGUCAUCCUGGCACGGUCAUGGGUGCUGCCGCCAUCGGCGUUGCUUUAUGGCGUUUUGCGAUGAGGUACAAUCCUAAGGAUCCUGACUGGUUCAAUCGUGAUCGGUUCGUUCUUAGUGCCGGACACGCCUGUCUGUUUCAAUACAUUCAUCUUCACUUGGCCGGUUACGAUGCAUGGACUGCUGAUCAGCUCAAGACGUAUCAUAACCCGAACUUUGGCAUGGCAGCGGGACAUCCCGAAAUCGAGUUCCCUGGAAUUGAGGUCACCACUGGACCUCUUGGCCAGGGAAUCGCCAAUGCUGUUGGCCUUGCUAUCGCCGCAAAAAAUUUAGCAGCCACGUAUAAUAAACCUGGGUUCGAUAUCGUGGAUAACAAGAUAUGGUGUUUUACCGGUGACGGUUGUUUACAAGAAGGGGUAGGCCAAGAAGCGCUGUCUCUCGCAGGGCACCUUCGGUUAGACAAUUUCAUUCUUGUCUACGAUGACAAUCAGGUCACCGUCGAUGGCAGCAUUGCUAACUGUUUUACUGAUAACUCUUCCGCCAAGAUCGCUGCUAACGGAUUCCACAUCGUUGACGUGCAAGAUGGCACGAACGACCUCCCCGCAAUCUUAGAGGCUUUCAAUGAAGCCAAGACCAUCGAAGGCAAGCCUGUCUUCGUCCACAUCCGCACAGUAAUUGGGUACGGAAGCCACCGUGCUAAUACGGGUGCGGCUCACGGACAGCCUCUUGGCAUCGAAGAAGUCGAAUACGUGAAGGGCGUCUUCGGUUUUGAUCCCAGAAUCAAAUGUCACAUUCCAGAUGAAGUCUAUGAAUAUUUCCGCCCUGUCGUUGCUCGCGGUCAUGAGGACGAGGAACAAUGGAAGGCUCUGUACAGGAACUACGCUAAGGCCUAUCCCGCAGAAUAUGCUGAAUUACAGCAGCGUUUGACUGGAAACCUUCCUGACGGCUGGCGGGAACUCCUUCCUCCCAAGUCAAAGCUUCCCACGACGGAGCAGCCCACGCGAAAAUCGUCAGGUAUCGCAGUCACUACGCUGGUUCCCAAGUUUAAACAUUUUGUUGCUGGGUCCGCUGAUCUGCUGGAGUCCACGUUCGUCAGCUUCCCGAACCAAGUCGAAUUCCAGCACCCUGAUACAGCCUUAGGCGACUAUUCCGGUCGCCAGAUACGAUAUGGGAUUCGGGAGUUCGCUAUGAUUGGCCUAGCCAACGGUAUAAGCGCAUAUCAGAAUGGCAUGUUUAUCCCUAUCUGCUCGACUUUCUUCCAAUUCUGGCUCUAUGCUGCUCCAGCGGCUCGUAUGUCAGCGCUUCAAGGUCUCCGGAUCAUUGGAAUUGGUACUCAUGAUUCCAUUGGUAUCGGUGAGGAUGGUCCUACGCAUCAGCCUAUUGCACUGGCUUCAUUCUACCGUGGUCUUCCCAACUUUAACUUUAUUCGACCAGCAGAUGCUGAGGAAUGCAUGGGUGCUUGGGAAAUCGCCCUAGAUUCUCUACAUACCCCUUCUCUCUUCGCUCUUUCUCGUCAGCCCGUUCCCCUACACAAAAACUCUGACCGAUCUAAGGUCAAGCUUGGCGCGUAUUCCAUCUUCUCCACGUCUUCCGACGAUUCCCAUCCGCAGCUCAUCAUCGUAUCCUCUGGCUCCGAGGUCACACGCUCCAUCGAAGCGGCUAAGCGUCUUAGCGAUGAAUUAAAUCUCCGUAUACGCGUUGUGUCGAUGCCGAGUCAAGCGCACUUUGACAAGCAGUCGUAUGAGUACCGUGAUUCCGUACUUGGGAACGGCGAAGCACUCGUGGUGGCCAUCGAGGCUUGGUCAUCAUAUGGAUGGGCGCGCUAUGCGCAUGCAUCCCUUAGCAUGCACACCUUUGGGCAGAGCGCACCCCAGGCCACGCUGUAUGAAAUCUUUGGAUUUGGUAUCGAUAAUAUUGUGGCGAAGGUGAAGGCGUGGGUAGAAAGCAAGAUGGUGAACGGGGAAAUUGUGCUACCGAGGUUGGGCCAAUUUGAGGAACUGCUUUUAGGUUAUGUGGAUCCUCACAAGCAUUAAGGUUGAAGAACGGAUUCGUAUAGAUCCAUCUGGGAAUUUCCCUACGGAAUGUAUCAUCAUGUUUGUACCUCUAAUAAAUUAUAUAUCGUCGAUAGAGUGAGUUUAGGUAAGUCUUCUUGAAAUGUCUACCUUUUUGCGCUCGGUGCCCAUCUUGUACUACUCUGUCGCACUCUAAGUUGAGAGUACAGUUGCAGUGAGCUCGAGCUUUGUUGCGAGACCAGAGAUUGAAAAUACAGCUGUUUGCAUAGCUUACAGUG